UAUACCUCAACGAAGAAGAAAAGAUGGCGGAGCAUACGUUACACCACAAUAAUUAUUUUACAAGAGACGUUGAGAAAAACGACGGAUCUGUCUUGAAAAUCAAACAGUGCUUUAAAGGAGACGUCGGUUGUGUGGUGUGGGAUGCAGCAAUUGUCCUGUCAAAAUAUUUAGAAACUAAACCGUUGUAUGACCCUUGCUCGGGCGUGAACAUGUGGGCUAGCAAAAACAUUCUAGAGUUAGGAGCAGGAACAGGAGUUGUGGGCCUUAUGGCAGCAUCUUUGGGGGCUCAGGUUACUGUGACAGACCUCGAGGACCUGCAGUCUCUACUCCAAGUCAAUAUCCAAGACAACCAGGAACUUGUCAGCAGUGGAUCCAUCGAAGCCAAGGUACUAAAAUGGGGUGAAAAUGUGUCAGAGUUUCUACCACACCCACAUUUUAUCCUGAUGGCGGACUGCAUCUAUUAUGAACAGUCCGUGAAGCCACUGGUGGAAACCCUGAAGCACCUGGUUGGACCAGAGACCACCAUCAUAUGCUGCUAUGAGCAACGCACCGUGGGUGUCAACCCCAAAGUGGAGAAACAAUUUUUUGAGUUGCUUCUACAAGACUUCCAGUCUGAGGAGAUCCCUUUGAACAAGCAGGACCCAGAGUAUAACAGUCCUGACAUCCGCAUCCUUCACAUUCGCAGAGCUGUCUGAGUGAAUGAGUGUCUUGUGUAUAUGUGGUUGUCAGGGUUGUGGUAUACAAAUAAUUGAAUUGCACUCAUGUACAGUUCACAUGGUAAGUUAAAUUGAAUGGACCCCAGGGGAGAGCACUAAUGUUGAAAGAACUCGUUUGAAAAUCCUUUAUCGAUAUAUCCAUGUUGUCUUAGUACGGACUAUGAGUUUUACCAGACUGUGAUACUCAUUGCACCAUGAUUCUAAAACAAAUCCCAGUUAGACUCCACGAUAUGACUUGGGUGCACAAAGUAAACAGCAUAGGGGAUCAAUUUCUACAGCAGCUAAGAGUGUUGAAGCGUGAGGCUAAACUUCUCUGCUGUUUUGGUCCCGUACCACGAGACGCAAACUCGUACACGUGCAGAUACUGUGUGUGACUGUGGGAGCGAAGUCUUGCAUCCCACUCAUCGCAAUAUAUGUGGUGCUAAACGUGGCAACGUCAUUUCGCUGGGUCUACCUUUGAAAAGGAAAAGAAAACAUUCUUCUUCAGAACAUUGUUUUUCUCAUUACAGUAUUUAACUGUUGGAACACAUUUGUGGGAUGAUUAAGUGAAUUUUUUAUAGAAGUUAAUGAAAUAUAAGUUUAGCUAAUUAAAGUGUCAUACAGAGACUAUACUAAGUUGUGUCAAGUUGGCUGGAUGUCUUUUGGGUGGUGGACCACUCUUAAUACACAGGAAAUUGUUGAGCAUGAAAAACCCAGGAGCAUUGCAGUUCUUGACACAAACCGGUUCGCCUGGCACGUACUACCAUAUCCCGUUCAAAGGCACUUACAUAUUUUGUCUUGCCCAUUCACCAUCUGAAUGGCACACAUACACAAUCCAUGUCUCAAUGCUUAAGUAUUCUUUAACCUGUCUCCUCCCCUUCAUCUACACUGAUUUAACAAGUGACAUCCAUGUCAGUCUGGAUUCACCUGGUCAGUCUGUCAUGGAAAGAGCAGGCGUUCUUAAUGUUUUGUAUACUCAGUGUAUAUGAUGUUCAGCAGCAGAGUGCUAGUGUGUGGAUAUAGUCUUCAGAAAGUAUUCAUACCCCUUGACUUAUUCCACAUUUUGUAGUUACAGCCUAAAUUUAAAACAUUUUUCUCACCAGUCCCCACACACUAUCCAUAAUGACAAAGUGAAAACAUGUUUGUAGAAACAUUAACAUUUAUUGUAAAUUAAAUACAGAUCUAAUUUACAUAAGUAUUCACACCCCUGAAUCAAUACAUGCUAGAAUCACCUUUGGCAGUGAUUACAGCUGUGAGUCUUUCUGGGUAAGUCUAAGAGCUUUGCACAACUGGAUUGUACUAUAUUUGCAUCCACAAACAUAUUUAAGCUCUGUCAAGUUGGAUCAUUGCAGGACAGCCAUUUAAGUCUUGCCAUCAAUUUUUAAAAUCUGAUUUAAAGGCCACUCAGGAACAUUCAAUAUGGUUUUGGUAAGCAACUCCAGUGUAUAUUUGAUCUUUGUUUUAGGUUAUUGUCCUGCUGAAAGGUGAAUUGGUCUCCCAGUGUCUGUUGGAAAGGAGACAACCAGGUUUUUCUAUAGGAUUUUGCCUUAGCUCUGUUCUGUUUCUCUUAUCCUAAAAAACUCUCUAGUCCGUGCCAAUUAAAAGCAUACCCAUAACAUGAUGCAGCCAUUUUUCUGUACAGGCUUCCUUCUUUUCACUCUGUCAAUUGGAUUACUAUUGUGGAGUAACUAUAAUGUUGUUGAUUCAACCUCAGUUUUCUCCUGUCACAGCCAUUAAACUAACUUUUAAAGUCA